AUGCAAAAACACCGGUCCAGACGCAGCCCCGCCUCCCGGCGCCCCGAGCCGGGCCGCCCAGCGCCCGGGCGAGGCCUCCGCGGACUGGCCGCCAGCAUCCCGGCGUUCCCCGCGGGCGCAAGGCGGCCGCUCUACGGCGGCGCGGCCCCCGCGCGCGGGCCUCGCACCCCGAACCUCAACCCGAACCCCCUCAUCAAUGUGCGCGACCGGCUCUUCCACGCGCUCUUCUUCAAGAUGGCUGUCACCUACUCGCGGCUCUUCCCGCCCGCCUUCCGCCGGCUCUUCGAGUUCUUCGUGCUGCUCAAGGCUCUGUUCGUGCUCUUUGUCCUGGCCUACAUCCACAUCGUUUUCUCCCGUUCGCCCAUCAACUGCCUGGAGCACGUGCGCGACACGUGGCCGCGCGAGGGCAUCUUGCGUGUGGAGGUGCAGCAUAACUCCAGCCGUGCGCCAGUCUUUCUGCAGUUCUGUGACGGCAGCGCCCGUGGCAACUUCCCUGGCCUGGCCGUGGAGCCAGGCGGUGGCCUGGAGCUCGAGGACGAGGAGGAGGAGGAGCUGACCAUGGAGAUGUUUGGGAACAGCUCCAUCAAGUUUGAGCUGGACAUUGAGCCCAAGGUGUUAAAGCCGCCAGGCAGUGCUGAGGCCUUGAACGACAGUCAGGAGUUUCCCUUCCCCGAGACACCCAGCAAAGUGUGGCCGCAGGACGAGUACAUCGUGGAGUACUCGCUGGAGUAUGGUUUCCUGCGGUUGUCGCAGGCCACGCGGCAGCGCCUCAGCAUCCCGGUCAUGGUGGUCACCCUGGACCCGACACGGGACCAGUGCUUCGGAGACCGCUUCAGCCGCCUGCUGCUGGACGAGUUCUUGGGCUACGACGACAUCCUCAUGUCCAGCGUGAAGGGCCUGGCCGAGAACGAGGAGAACAAGGGCUUCCUGCGCAACGUGGUGUCCGGCGAGCACUACCGCUUUGUCAGCAUGUGGAUGGCGCGCACGUCGUACCUGGCGGCCUUCGUCAUCAUGGUCAUCUUCACGCUGAGCGUGUCCAUGCUGCUGCGUUACUCGCACCACCAGAUCUUCGUCUUCAUCGGUGAGUGUCCCGCGGCGGGGGAGACAGCUGCCAUCAUCACGGACGCCUCGUUCCUGUCCGGCCUCAGUGCCUCCCUCCUAGAGCGGCGGCCUGUUGGCUCCCUGAGCCCCAACGGAGGCCUCCCCCACGCCCCCCAGGACAGUGUCCCCCAGAACAACUUGGAGCCUGACACAGCCCCCUCAGUGGCUGCAGUGACCGGGCCCAUCCCAGCGUCCACGGCCCCAGUGGAUGCACCCUCAGAAGUUGGGUCCUGAGCCGCCACCAGCAGCUGGGCCACCUCUGUCCCUGGGUGGCUGGGCAUGACCCUGCUGAAGCCGGUGAGGUGGGGGAGGCUGUCCCUGGUGGGAGCACUAGGGCCUUCCCCAUUCUCUGGGACCGCCCAGCCUGCUUUGGUUGGCUUCCAGGUUUCCUUGGGUUUGCCCGGAAGGAGGGUUUCUCUCCCCCAACUGUGGGUCCUGGCCUAAGGCCUGUCCCUACUGUCAAGAUGUGUUUGUGGUGACCAGCAAGGAGAAGAGACGGGGCUUCAUAGAAGGUUCUGGAAGGGGCUUGGUAAAUGAUCUCAAGUGAACCGUCCCACAGAGAGCAGGGUACCAGCAGAGUGGUCUCUGAGCAAGGCGAAUACGUGGCAGAGAGGACAGGACAGGCAGGGCUGGCACACCCCCGUGCCAUCACUGCUGCUCAGCUGGCGGCCCGGCUCUGCCUGGUGCUCCACGUGCAGUGCCUUUUCCACAGUCCCGGCCCCCUCCCCACGUGCGCACCAGGCUUGGGGGUCCCGUAAGGGUACAGGCACAUGGGGUUAAGGCGCCAGCAACAUUUGCAGUGCCCAGGAGCGGGGAUCCAGCCCUGCUCAGGGUGGGAGUGGGCUGGCAGCAGACCCGACACUCGGCGAAGAACGCAGAGGGGCGCGCAUUCCGUUCCCUUUAAUAUUGUGUUUGUGUAAAUGGAAUAAACUGUUGACAGC